AUGUCUGCCGUAGAGAGCAAGUUCAACCCUAAGGACAUGCAAUUCCGCUACCUUGGACCAACCGGUCUCAAGGUCUCUGUGUUGUCUCUGGGAGGAUGGUUGACCUACGGUGGAACUGAGAAGGGCAACAUCGUCAAGGAGUGCCUCGAGACGGCAUUCAACAAUGGCAUCAACUUUUUCGACACAGCUGAGGUCUACGCCAAUGGCCAGUGUGAGAUUGAGAUGGGCCAGGCCCUGAAAGAGCUCGCAUGGCCCAGAGACGAGUACGUGCUGUCUACCAAGGUCUUCUUCGGCACCGGCAGGAAGGAACCAAACACUCGUGGUUUGUCGCGCAAGCACGUUGUCGAGGGCCUCAAGAGCUGCCUCCAGCGCAUGCAACAGCCGUACGUCGACAUCGUUCUCGCCCACAGGCCCGAUGUCGGCACACCCAUGAAGGAGAUCGUGGAAGGCUUCACACAAUGCAUCAGGAACUUGAACCUCGCAUACUACUGGGGCACGAGCGAGUGGUCUGCUACGCAAAUCAUGGAGGCCACCCAGAUUGCCGAGAAGUACAAUCUCAUCGCCCCAAUCGCAGAGCAACCUCAGUACAACGCUUUCCACCGCCAGCGAUUCGAGGUCGAGUACGCCCCUCUCUUCGAGCAGUUCCAGUACGGCACGACCAUCUGGAGCCCGCUGGCCUCGGGACUGUUGACCGGCAAGUACAACGACGGCAUCCCGGAGGACUCGAGGUUCAGCAAGAACAAGAGCUUCUUUGAGGGCACCAUCGCAUCUUUGCAGAGCGAGGAGGGCAAGGCGAAGAUUGCUAAAGUCCGCAAGCUCACUGAGAUCGCCGAGAAGCUUGGUGGCAACGUAACACAGCUCAGCCUUGCGUGGUGUGUCAAGAACCCGAACGUCAGCACUGUCAUCCUCGGAGCGACCAAGACCAAGCAAAUCGAAGACAACGUCGCAGCACUGAAGCUGUUGCCCAAGCUGACCGACGACGUGAUGGAGGAGAUAGAGAAGAUUCUGGGAAACAAGCCUGAUCCGCCAAACGCCUUCAACCGUCAGAGGUGA